AUGGCUACACGAACAUCCUCACGCACCGCUGCCCAGAAGGCCAAGGAAGCCAUCUCAACUUCCGCCGAGCCGACUGGCAAGACUUCCAAGGGAACAAAACGGAAAGGUCCAACUAAAGAAGCUCCAAAGCACAAAAAGGAGAAAACGGAGGACAUAAAGCCAGAGGAAGAGAAAGCGGAGCAGGUACCAGGUACAUCGGUAGAAGCUCCAGAAGCUCCAGUGCCGAUUAUAGAGGAAGCACCAGUCAAGGCAGAGGAACCAUCCGAAGGACAACCAUCAAAGGAGCAACCCGCUGAAACCCCUCCAGAGAAACCGCAAGAAAUUGAGGGAGGUCUUCGUAAGUCCGAGGAGAGAGAAAACGUGGUAUCCUCCAACAUCCUCGAAAAAGGCUUCAUCUACUUCUUCUUCCGCCCGCGCGUCAAUAUAGAAGACCCUGAGGGCAUCGGCGAUGUCGCCCGAAGCUUCUUUGUCCUCCGUCCAACUGUUCUUGGGGCGGAAUUUGACAAAGGCCAAGGCCCCGUCGACAAGGACGCCUCGUGUCGCUUGAUGAUACUCCCGAAAAAGAAGUUCCCGACUUCAGCCAAAGAACGAGAUAUGGGAUUUGUGGAGAAGGCUGGACAAUCUAUGCAAGCCCUCCAUGAAAAGUUCAUCGCUGGUAAAACAUACCAGACUUCGACCCGAGGUGAACGUCACACCGAGGAAGCGAGACCUUACGCAGAAGGUGUUUACGCGAUCACGUCCACACAGCGGGCAUCCCAUCUCGCCUAUAUCCUGACCAUCCCUGCCGAGUUAGGUGAUGUCCAGGAGGACUUCGGCCUGCAACCACGCGGGAGUUGGAUUGUUCAGUCAAAGAGUCCCAAGUUCGCUGGUCCACCGGUGGGUCAAUUACCAAAAGGCCCAGAAUACCCUCCAGCGGUUCUCGACAAAUUCGAAGAUCUUCGAUGGGUGCCUCUGCGGCCCGAGUUCCUGGACUAUCCUAACGCUCAAUUCCUCAUGAUCGGCGAGGCCCAGAAUGACCUUGGUAAGGCUGCAUUUGCUAUGGGUGGUAAACAGCCUCACGAGGAAGAGCCUGGUCAGGAAUUGGAGAAACUGUCAGAGGAAAACGAGCAUCGGGUUGAUGCUCUCAAAGGAGAUGAAACCGUCUAUGAAGACCUGGGCUACCACGCGAAGAAUUACCCCAAAGUGCCCACAACUUGGAACACUGAACCCUGA